AAUGGGGAGAGCGCACAAACUUCAUUACACAUUUUGGUUGAUGGCCGCUGUUUUCGAUGGCGCAGUUCUAAUCCGAAUCUCAGUCAGUGAACAACGAUAUUUUUAGAUUCUCGCACGUCUCUUGUGGGAAGCAAGUAAAUAAGCAACAAUGACAAUUGAAAUCAACACACCCGAUAAAUUGGAAUACCAAUUUUUCCCAGCGAGUGGGGGAGUAUUCGUCUUCCAGGUGCGUUCGGCAAAAGAUGCCCAUAUCGCCCUGACCACGGGCCCCCAGGAGAGUAAUCCCAUGUAUGAGAUCUUCCUUGGCGGUUGGGAUAACAGCAAGUCGGUAAUUCGCAAGGAUCGGCAGAAGCCUGAUGUUGUGGAGUUGCCAACACCUGGCAUUUUGAAUGCCGGUGAGUUCCGUGGUUUCUGGGUUCGUUGGUACGACAACGUCAUAACCGUUGGUCGCGAGGGCGAGGCUGCUGCCUUUUUGUCCUACGACGCUGGUCAACUGUUCCCGGUUAAUUUCGUGGGAAUCUGCACUGGCUGGGGAGCCGCUGGCACUUGGUUGCUGGAUGACUCCGCACCCUCAGCGCCACCAGCCAUGGGCUUUGCCCCGCCGACGUGCAGUGGUCCAGGAUGCUGGGUUCCCGCGGCCAAUGGAGAGGUUCCGCCCAAUGCCUUGCAGGGAGGCUUCGACAGCAAUGAGCAGUUGUACAUUGCUCGUGCUCGCCACGAAGGUGACCUUAUUCCCGGAAAACUGCAUCCCACACACGGUGUCUGCUAUGUAGCUUGGGGAGGUGGUGAGCACGGCCACAGCGAGUACGAGGUGCUCUGUGCCGGCGGCGGACAGUGGGUGCCCGUGGAGGCAGGCAACAUUCCACCCAACGCACUGCCCGCGGGUGAGACUGCCAGUGGGGAGCCAUUGUUCAUUGGACGCGCAACCCACGACGGCACCAUCACGGUGGGAAAGGUCCAGCCAUCGCAUGGUGUCUGCUACAUACCGUACGGCGGUGAGGAACUAUCCUACAAGGAGUUCGAGAUCUACGUUUCGAACUAGGCAGAGAUGAAAUCACGUACCGCCCGCUUCAGUUGCGUUAUCGUACACAGUGCAGCAGUUGAAGCUUUCCCCUCGAAUUGUAUUUAGUAGUUCGCCUGUGCAACCAAUGGAUCACACACUUACAUAUACAUACAUAAGACUAGUACCGUAACAUGGGUGCACAUCAUUGAUGUCUGAUGGUGCACGCGCUGAUAACUUAGAAUUGCUAUAUUCGUGUGUAUGUAUGUAACAAGCUUUAAAAUGCACCACAUAUUUAUUGUCAAUUAAAUUGUUUAAUAAUUGUUAACGAAUCUCAAA